GUAACCCCCCAUUUUUCAUUUAUAUGUGUGAUUAAGUAACUAGCAAACACUCUCUCUCUCUCUUCCUCCUAUUCAGGUACUUCCUCUUCUUCCUUCAUGCAUCUUCUCGCCUUCUUUUGGUGACUCACGUUCUUAGUAAUCAUCGAAACCCAAUUCCCCUAUUCAAAUGCUUGGUGAAGUGGGAUUGUUUCGGUUUUGAAGAUGAAGGUCAUUGUGGUUUCGAGGAGUGGAAGAGAAAUUGUUAAAGGUGGCAUCGAGUUCGGCGAUUCUGCUACUGUAGCAGAUCUGCAGAAGGCAAUUCAUAGGCGAACCAAGAAGUCCCCAUCAAGGCAGCGCUUGACACUUCCUGUCCAACCAGGAUCAAAGGAAAGGCCUGUUGUUCUUAAUUACAAAAAGAGUCUGAAAGAUUACACAACUUCAGACACCUUAACGGUGGUAUUCAAGGACUUAGGCCCACAAGUUUCUUAUCGUACCCUUUUUUUCUUUGAGUAUUUGGGACCAUUGCUUCUCUAUCCUGUCUUCUAUUAUUUCCCUGUGUACCAAUAUCUUGGUUACAAAGGUGAACGUGUCAUUCACCCGGUGCAGACAUAUGCCUUGUACUAUUGGUGUUUCCAUUAUGCCAAACGAAUUCUGGAAACAUUUUUUGUGCAUCGCUUCAGCCAUGCAACCUCACCCCUUUCCAAUGUGUUUCGCAACUGUGCUUAUUACUGGACCUUUGGCUCUUACAUUGCUUAUUAUGUGAACCACCCUCUAUAUACCCCUGUAAGCGAUCUCCAAAUGAAGAUCGGAUUUGGGUUCGGGAUAAUCUGUCAAGUUUCAAAUUUCUAUUGCCAUAUUAUACUGAAGAAUCUCCGCCGACCUGAUGGAGAAGGUGGAUAUCAAAUCCCUCGUGGCUUUCUCUUCAACAUUGUUACUUGUGCAAAUUAUACAACUGAGAUCUAUCAGUGGUUGGGCUUCAACAUUGCAACGCAAACUAUUGCCGGUUAUAUUUUCCUUGUGGUGGCUACUUUUAUCAUGACCAAUUGGGCUCUUGCAAAGCACAGGCGUUUAAAGAAGUUAUUUGAUGGAAAGGAAGGGAGACCCAGGUAUCCUCGUCGAUGGAUAAUUUUGCCCCCACUCCUGUAGAGGCCAAAGCCACUGAUGAGGUCACCAGGCUCACAGGAUUCUGAGAUUUAGAAUUGUAGCAUAAUGGCAUUUUAGUGAUCUAUUUUGAUUAGAUAUGAAUUUGUCUUUUAAUGUUUUUGACUGUGAAGUUGGUUCCUAAAUUGUUGAAGCAGUAUUUUCCAGAAUAUUUGUGGUCAUUUCUCGAUUGUAGUAUUGGGCAAUUCGUCAAAUUCUUCCUCUUAUUGUUGGCUACUUUCUUUAUUCUCCAAUAUUUUAUCAAUUAUGUUAGAAAAUGAGAGUUUAAAUUUCUGGCUC